AGCUCAGUUUAUUUCUAGGCGCCAAAGUGUUCGCAUAUCAGCUCCACAAAAUACGAUCGGCGGCUGAUGGGAACGCAUUCAACAGCUGGACAGAAUUAAGUGGAAAUAAAUGUCUAGAAUUUGUCGUUUUUAAAUCGGAAAAAUGAAACUAACCCCGCGCCAAACGAGUUUUCUGGCUCUGUUGCUGUUUUGUCUGCUAAGUUGCGUUUCGGCCUAUAAUUACCUGGUGGUUAGCCACACGGCUGCUCGUUCCCAUUACCAUGUGGGAUCCGCCUUGGCCAAGGGAUUGGCCAGUGCUGGACACCAGGUCACCAUUGUCUCCCCAUUCGAGUCCAAGAAACCCAUAAAGAACGUCAAAGAUGUUACGGCCAAAGGCGUUUUGUCAAUCAUGCAAGGUAGAAUGGCAAACCUUUUGGAAUCAUCCAAGAGACCAAUAACCAAGCAGAUCGUAGAAUUUCAUGAAAUGGGCAUUGAAAUAACAGAUAUUUUGCUAAGUGAUCCGGUUGUGGUGGAGCUGAUGAAAUCGAAUCAGACCUUCGAUGGUGUGAUAGUGGAGGUUUUCCUAAACGAAGCCCAUUUCGGAUUGGCGGAGCAUUUCAAGGCUCCACUUAUCGGACUGGGUACUUUUGGCGCCAUUAGCUGGAACACAGAUCUGGUUGGAAGUCCCUCACCGCCCUCUUAUGUUCCCAGUGCACUGCUGAAGUUCAGUGACCACAUGUCUUUCGCCGAGCGAGUCGGCAACUUGGCCUUCCUCACCUUCGAGUAUUUCUUCCUUAACUACUUCUAUCUGCCGCGCCAGGAAGUCCUUUACCGCAAAUACUUCCCGAAUAACAAACAGGACUUUUAUGAGAUGCGCAAGAAUACGGCUCUUGUUUUGCUAAAUCAGCACGUUUCCCUCAGUUUUCCGCGACCUUAUUCCCCGAAUAUGAUUGAAGUGGGAGGCAUGCACAUUAAUCGAGUGCGCAAGCCGCUGCCCAAGGACAUUCAGGAGUUUAUUGAGGGAGCCAAGCAUGGAGUUAUCUACUUCUCGAUGGGUUCCAAUCUGAAAAGUAAAACCCUGCCGCUGGAUAAAAGACAUGCUCUAAUCGACACCUUUGCCCAGUUGAAGCAACGUGUGCUGUGGAAAUUCGAAGACACUGAACUGCCGGGAAAACCCGCCAAUGUCUUUAUCUCGGACUGGUUCCCACAGGACGACAUCCUGGCCCACGAUAAUGUGAUUGCCUUUAUCACCCACGGAGGUCUGCUGAGCACCACGGAAUCGAUUUACCAUCGCAAACCCUUCGUGGGAAUCCCAAUCUUCGGCGAUCAGUUUUUGAAUAUGGCUCGUGCUGAACAAAAUGGUUAUGGAGUGACGGUGCUUUAUGACGAGUUAACUGCCCCGAAACUUUUGGCAGCCAUUCAGCGUUUAAUUAAUGAUCCCGAGGCCACAAAGAAGGUGCGCGACAUGUCCGACAGAUAUCGGGAUCAGCCGCAGACUCCAUUGGAGCGAGCUGUUUUCUGGGUGGAGCAUGUUUCCCGGCACAAGGGUGCCAAGUAUUUGAGGAGUGCCUCCCAGGAUCUGAACUUCAUCCAGUAUCACAAUCUGGAUGCCAUGCUCGUGUUAUACGGUAGCAUUUUAUUCGUGUUAUUCUGCGUUUUCCUGCUGAUCCGUUGGGUGUGGCGUCUUCUACAGGAGUUGUUCAUCAAGAAGUCAAGUCCCAAGCCAAAACCAAAAGCCAAGCAAAAUUAAACUCAUGCGAAAAUUUAAUUGAAAAUCCAUGACCAUUCUGUAAAUUAUGGUGCUCUUUUAUUUAAUUUUAGUUUUUAGAUGAUUCAGUGGUGGAUUUGUGUUGUAUUUUUUUAAUUUGCUCAAGGGAAAAUCAUUUAAAUAAACGUUUUAUUUACUAGUAUACGUUUUUCUGCAAAAUAUCUUCAAACUUGUAACCAUUUGAUGUUGUUGGGCGAGCUCGUGAAAAUUUCAUUUGAUUUUACAGUGGGGUUGUGCGGUUGCUUUCAGCCUGCGGCUCGAAACUUGUAAACUAAAAUGGAAAAUAUUGUGAGCUACUAUCGAAAAAAUGCUACGUUGCCUUCCCAUUUUCCUUCGUUCUCCUUUUUGAUUCUUUCUGCUUUUAGUCCCCUUUAUAUUUUCACACGCUUACAGAAAACAACAAGAAUAUAUAUGCGUUGCCCUAAAAGCUUGAAGUUCUUUGUAUAUAUGAAAUAAUUGUUUAAAAUGUGUAAUUAACAUUCUUUGAAAUAAAACAACUUUUAAAUAGCAAAUAUUAAUAUUUACUAUA